UUUGUGAGCUCGAUGGUACUUAACAAGAAAAGAAAACGAAUUACCUACGGGCCAAUGGAGGAGAGAGAUAAAACUAGGAUUGACUACCUAAAUUCGAAGAUUUACAAGGAUGACAUAACAUGCACAAAAAUGCUACGGCUCAAGAGAGUACCUUUCUUUCGAUUGUGUCAAGUAUUACCUGAACGCUCAUUGUUUCGUGACACCUUACAUGUAUGUGUCGAGGAACAAGUUGCAAUGUUUUUGAACACAGUUGGACACAACUUGAAAAAUAGACUAGUUGGUACUAAUUUCACUAGGUCAGGUGAAACAGUUAGCCGGUAUUUUGGAUUAGUUCUUCAUGCUAUAGGUCAGCUAAGCAAUGAGCUUAUCCGUCCACCUUCAUUGGAGACCCCUUCCAAAAUCGUCGGAAACCCAAGAUGGGAUCCAUAUUUUAAGGAUUGUAUUGGUGCUAUUGACGGAACACAUAUAAGGGCAUCUGUUAGUAAGUCUAUGGAAGCAGCCUUUCGUGGUAGGAAGUCAUUUCCUACACAAAAUGUGAUGGCAGCGGUAGAUUUCGACUUGAAAUUUACAUAUUUGUUGGCUGGUUGGGAGGGGAUAGCACAUGAUGCUGUGGUUUUAGCAGAUGCACUAGAGCGUCCGAAUGGCCUUCGAGUCCCUGAAGGAAAAUUCUAUUUAGUUGAUGCUGGAUAUGGAGCAAAAUUUGGCUUCAUGCCACCUUUUCGUGGUGUAAGGUAUCAUUUGAAUGAGUGGGGGAACAAUCCAGUUCAAAAUGCAGAGGAAUUAUUCAAUCUCCGGCACUCUUCUUUGCGAGUAACUGUAGAGCGUGCCUUUGGAUCACUCAAAAGGAGGUUUAAAAUUCUUGAUGAUGCAACCCCAUUCUUUCCUUUUUCGGUUCAAGUUGAUAUUGUCAUAGCUUGUGCCAUUCUUCACAACUGGGCUCUUUCUCAAGGAACAGAUCGCUUCAUCUUACCGGAAACCAAUUGGACUCCCAACCCUCGCAGGACAGCUAGGCAACUUGCAAAUGACCAUAGGAUGGAUCUUGACCAGCAGGCCGACAACUUGGGUGCAAAUGGUGGUGGUCUUGUAUGGUCAAGUGCCAUGUCAAGCUACAUGCUCCAGCACUUAGCUCAGAUUGUGUCCAGUGGCACCAAAACUUCGACAGGUUUCAAACAAGUUCAUCUUAAUGGUUGUGCAAGAGCUUUGAAGGAGAACAUGGGUUAUCAUGUCACCGGCACUCAAGUUGGUAAUCAUUUGAGGAAGUGGAAAAAGACAUAUGGAAAGAUUCAGAAGCUGAAAAAUUUGAGUGGAGCACUUUGGGAUGAAGAAACUUGCACUAUAAGUCUUGAACGAGAACAUUACCUUGCUCACAUUCGGAUUCAUCGUGACGAUGCUAAAUAUCUAAACUGUCCAAUUGAGCACUACCAUGAGAUGGCAACUAUUUUUGGCAAUAGCUUGGCAACAGGUGCAUAUGCUAAGGGAGCUAGUGACCCUCUUGCCUCAGAGGUGACUGCAACAGCAAAUGCACCACAAGAGGCUAAAGAUGGUGCUGAAACAAAUGAACAAGGAGGAGGUUCACCACUUGGGGCUGAUGAGAUGACAUUUUCAGCUAACACAAAUGGUGCAGGGAGCUCUGGUACUAAACCACCACCAGCAAAGAAGCAUAAAAUAGCUGCUGUUGAGGAUUCAAAUAUUGCAAUGGUCAGUAUAAUGAGUGAGGGUCUUGGGAACCUUGCAGCAGCCAUAGAGAAGGUGGUGAAGGAAGAUGAUGGCAUUCCUGCAGGGUUGUAUGAUGACAUGAUGAGUAUUCCUGGAUUUGAUGAGGCGCAUCUAGAUCACUACUAUGCUUAUUUGUGCGAACAUCCAUCACUUGCAAGGUGCUUCUACAAUAUGCGUUUGUCAUCAAAGAUGGUGUGGGUUGCGAGGUACAUCAAGGAGCACCUUUGA